AUGAGCUCAAUUUUAAUUGACAAUGUCAUUAUCUGGCCAAACACAAUUGAACGAACCCUAAAGAUCACAACAGGGUUUGGACAACCAACAAAAAGUGGCAAACAAAGAUUAAAAGAAGUAAUUGGUGCCAUAGACAGAAAGCUUAUUUCCAUUGAAAAACCAACUACUGCCAACUCUGGUGACAGUUACGUAGAUCGCAAAGAAAAUAUCAGCAUGAAUUUAACAGCUGUUUGUGAUUAUAAAAAAAUAUUUAUUCACAUUGCAACUGGCAGUCUUCAUGAUACUCAUGUGUUAAAAUUGGAUUGUCUUUAUCAGGAUCUGAUUCACCAAGAACCAGAGACGUGUCUGGAAAACACGUACAUAAUUGCUGAUUUGGCAUAUCCACUGUUACCCCAACUUUUGGCACAGUUCAUUGCUGUCCGUGGAUAUGCUGAUGAUAUGUGGGAACUUGAAGAGAAUGAAGACGAUGAUAUCUUAGGCAAUUUUCAAGAUUCAGACAAUGCAGAUGAUACUGUCUUUGGGCUGGGAGAAAUAGAAAAUACUAAUCCAAUUAUGUCUGAAAGAGUGCUUAAUGCACUUCUUGCUCAACUGAAAACUGGUGGUGAGCAACGAAGACUGACAACUGGAGAAACUGUGCUAAGAGGCCAUUCAAUCAUCUCUGCUCAGCAAGAAUAG